UGAAGUAAACAAACCCACGUCGAGCUGAAGGUGAGGGUGGUCAGCCGGCUUUCAAGACGCAUGACCGACUCUCCCCACUGCCCCUGGUGCCCUACACAGCCUGACACCCCAGAACACCUGCUCCUGCACUGCCCUCGUCACCACUCACACCGCCAACACUGACUGACCUCCUGGGUGGCUGCACAAAUACCACUCAGGCUUUCAAGACUCUCAACCUCACCAGGACCUUCCUACACAAAACCACUCAACUCCACUGCAUAUAGCCUGAACACCUCACCACCACAUACUGGACUUUUGGGGCACUAGGACACACACAGCCUGCACGGCCCCAACAAACCCCCAAGAAGAAGAAGAAGAAGGCCGGGGCGCCUCUUGGUGGGGAGUGCGCCUCUUUAUGGUGUCUGGGCUCAAAUAUUCCUGUUAUACCCACCCCGGGUUGUGUGUCAUGUGUUGAAAGUAGCCUUUAGCACGGGUGUUAGUGUUCUAGGUGCCCCAGCACACCAGCGGGAAGGGUGGCCAAGGGAGCUGUCAGGAUAGUGAAAUGUGUAUUGCAUUAGGUUAGGUUAGACAGGGUAAUUGUUUAUUAUAAGUCUGUUCCUUCUUACUUCAUCCUUCAUCCAAAUCCCUCAAGCAAGCUUAGGGACCUGGUUGGAAAGCAGGGUUGUAGCGAAGGGAAACCAAAUUUUGAUGUUUAUGAAAAGUCUAAGGAUGAGAUGCAAUAUUUUUUAAAACUAUACCUUAACUAAUCUCACCAAGGGCUUAAGGACACUAACCUAACCUAACCUAUCUAGGGGCAGAGCUUAAGGUGUUGGUAUAGUUCCAUAGCACAGCCUAUUGAGUGAAUUGUGAACUUUUGAGUUGAGAAAAACUGAUAUUAAUUUAGAAAUGAUUUUUUCAGCAGUGUAAAUGAAAAUCUUUGUGAAAUGUGAGGCAUUGGUAGUGGUGAUAACAUUAAAAAGUAUUGUAAGACAAAAUACUGUGUUGUGUGCUGACAAAACAGUUCGGAGAUAAUGAUAAAGCUUGCCUUGUAAUGUGUGUGUGUGUGCAGCAAGGCAUCCUUACUAAACAGUGGGCUCAGUGAUCACAGAGCUCUAGUGCUGUGGUGAGCAUGGCAGCGGGGCGGUGGCUACUGCACCACCGUGUGGCCAGGAGACUUGGUUCCACGGCACUGGGCACCAGAGUCCCAGCGAGGACAGCAGCUAGUACCAGCGAUGAGAGAGGUGCAGGUGGAAGCAAGGGGCCAGGAGGCUUCUUUAUUACCACCCCAAUCUUUUAUGUCAAUGACCGGCCACAUAUAGGCCACCUGUAUUCAGCGCUGCUGGCUGAUGCAGCGUGUCGUUUUCAGCAGCUGCAGGGAGUGGUGAGGGAACACACCCUUUUCUGCACAGGUACUGAUGAACAUGGACUAAAGAUCCAGCGGUCGGCAGAGGCUGGUGGGUGUGAGGUGCAGGCGUUUUGUGAUGCUGUUUCUCAUGAUUUCCGUUCGUUGUUUGUGUCUGCUGACGUGAGCUUCACAGACUUUGUGCGAACCAGCGAGCAGAGGCACUGUGCCACAGUGCAUCGGGUGUUCCAGGCGCUGGCUGAUGGUGGGCAUCUGUACCAGGGUCGCUAUGAGGGCUGGUACUGCCUGGCAGAUGAGGCUUUCCUGGGGGAGGGCCAGGUGAGGGAGGAGCAGCUCCCCAGUGGACAGACUGCCACAGUGAGUGCCGAGAGUGGCAGGCUGGUGGAGUGGCACAGCGAGGACAACUACAUGUUCCGCAUGUCGGCCUUCCGUGAUGAGCUGCUGUGCUGGCUGAGGGCUGAGGGGCGGGUGCGGCCACGCCACUUCCAGCACCAACUGGAGCAGUGGGUGUCUGAGGAGCUGCCAGACCUAUCGGUGUCCCGGCCCAGGGAACGGGUGCCCUGGGGGGUACCAGUGCCUGGCGAUGAGGGCCACACCAUAUAUGUGUGGGUGGAUGCCUUGGCCAACUACUUGACAGCAGCAGGUGGGUUCCCCACACCCAAGCCUUGGCCGCCAGAUGUGCAUGUGCUGGGCAAAGACAUCCUGCGGUUCCAUGGGCUGUGCUGGCCGGCACUGCUGCUGGCACUGGGCCUGGAGCUGCCCCGAGCACUACUGUGCCAUGGCCAUUGGACUAUUGGUGGCCAGAAGAUGAGCAAGUCGCUGGGUAACGUGGUGGACCCCCGGCAGGCGGCGGCCCAGUACACCAUGGGUGGCCUGCGCUACCUACUGCUGCGGGGCGGUGCUCCCCAUGCCGACAGCCCCUGGGGUGGUGCUGUGGCUGGCCAUCUCCUCAAUGCUGAGUUAGCCGACACACUUGGUAACCUGCUGAACCGCUGCACUGCCCCUGCCCUCAAUCCCAAGGGCUGUGUGCCUCCCCUAGACGUUGGCCUGCUGGAGUCGUCGCCGUGUGGCUUGCAGCUGGCCAAGCACCUUGCAACCCUACCUGACACUAUUGCCCAUCACUAUGCAGACUUUAAUUUCCACCACGGAAUAGAGGCCACCAUGGGGGCUGUGCGGCAAGCCAAUGCCUUUGUGCAGGAGGAGCAGCCAUGGGUGCUGGCCAAGGACCCUGCCAGCACGCCCCGCCUGGAGCUGGUGCUGCGGCUGUCCUUUGAGGUGCUGCGUGUGGCGGGUGUGGCGCUGCUGCCCGUGGUGCCAGAGCUGUCAACACGGCUGCUGGACUGUCUAGGCGUCCCACCGGCCCUCAGAACCUGGUCCAGUCUGUCCCUUGGGUUCACCAAGCCUGACCAAGAAUACCUCAGCACCUCCUUCACCCUGGGGCUGCGACACAAGCUGUUCCCCAAGCUCAAGUUGCAGUAGUGGUGGGUGUGUUGGGGAGACAUGGUGCACAGACUAUGACUGUGUGUUGUGUUGGCCUGGUGCCUGCACUGGUGUGUACACUAAAGGGUUCUGUCAAAGUAAAGAGCAAUCACUUCA